UCCCCCACCCCCUGAACCAUACAGAUACACAGAGCAGUCCCUGGUGGCGGUGUAGAGGAGGCUGUAAGGCUGGUGGGCAGCUGUUCAGUCCUGCCCUGCUCAGUUUCAAAUAUGGGCAAGGUAAAAAUGGCAACCUUAGACGUGACAGCAGUAGCUGCUAAAAACAGAACUGACACCAGCGAGAUAGGAGCCUACACCCUCGAGGACACGAACAGCAGGCCUACUCCUCAGGCCGACACUGGGCCCGCUGGAGAUUGCUUUCAGAAAAGGACUUUUUUUUGAAAAUAAUGCUUAUGUGGGUCUUAUCUAAUUAAAUUCUGGUAGUGUAUAAAAUCGUAUGACAGAGCCUAUCACCAUGGAAAACUUGGAGAAACAGCUGAUUUGUCCCAUAUGCCUGGAAAUGUUUACAAAGCCAGUGGUGAUCCUACCCUGCCAGCACAACCUCUGCAGAAAAUGUGCCAAUGAUGUUUUCCAGGCUUCAAACCCAUACCUCCCAACAAGAAGCGGCUCGUUGACAUCUGGUGGCCGUUUCCGAUGCCCAUCCUGCAGACAUGAGGUGGUUCUGGACAGGCAUGGUGUUUACGGCCUGCAGAGGAACCUCCUCGUUGAGAACAUCAUUGACAUGUUCAAACAGGAGUCCAGCAGCAGCAAGCCAGCGCCGGAAAGAAAAGAAGAAACACCCAUGUGCGAUGUUCACGAGGAUGAAAAGAUCAACAUCUACUGUGUAACCCACGGUGUGCCUACUUGCUCCAUGUGUAAAGUGUUUGGAGCCCACAAGGACUGUGAGGUGGCGCCGAUCAGCAGCAUCUACCAGACAAAGAAGACGGAGCUGAGUGACGGGAUUGCCAUGAUGGUUGGGAACAACGACAGGAUGCAGGGCAUCAUUAGUCAGCUAGAGGAAGCCUGUCGUGCCAUAGAGGAGAAUGGCCGAAGGCAGAAGACUCUGGUGUGUGAGAAGUUUGACCAUCUGUAUUCUAUCCUGGAGGACAAGAAGAGGCAGAUGAGUCAGAAGGUGACGGCCGAACAGGAAGAGAAGGUGAACUAUAUCCGUGGCCUGACGAGAAAAUACGGAGACCAUCUGGAGGAAAGUUGUAAGAUUGUGGAGUUGGGGAUCCAGACAAUGGAGGAGCCAGAAAUGGCUUUAUUCCUCCAGAACACAAAGCCUCUCCUCAAAAAGAUCGCAGAAGCAUCCAGCACCGCACACUUGGAUAAAGUUGAGCGUGGCUACGAGGACAUGGAUCACUACAGCGUUAACUUCAAGAAAGAAAGGAAGGCCCUGCGCACCAUUGACUUCGCCCUAGAGGACGAGGAUGAAGAGGAUGAGGACGCAGAGGGAGGUACAGAGGAAGGAGAAGGGGUCCAGACUGUAUCUGGAGGUGCUGCAGUUACAGCCACCUCCAGCCAACCUUCUGCCCCCCAGCAGAUAAGCUCCUCUCCCAGCGCAGCCAAGAGCGCCGCCUCGACCUAGCGACAGCCGCCAGACAACACCUAAGCCAGGGGCAGAAUAAUUGUUGCUCCUAGAUGUUGAUUUCAGGUCAGUUGUGAUACAUUUUCUCCCAAACUGGGGAACUUCUUGACAAGUUUAGAUCUCUGCCGAAGGGAAAGCCUGAGUUGCAGAUCCAAAAGAAAGAGACAGAAUUUAUAAUGCACUUCUUUCUCCUCCGUAGUGACAGUGAUCGUGUGCAUCGCUGCAUACUGACUGAUCUUAUUUCUUUUUCGCUCAUUAAAUACAUGUUUUGCUUCUUCCUUUUCAUUUUGGACACACUUAAUGACAGACUGACUAUGGGUUUCCGUCGGCUGUUUCCAGGAUUCAGACGUAUUCAUACAUUUUUUAUGUCACUGACCUUUUGCGACUGCUUAAACUACAUCAUUAGAGAGCAUGACAAGAGGGCCUCAGGUUUUCCUCUCUGUCGUAUACUUUUUUAUGACUGAUAUAACUUCAUGAGUAUGGAAGCAGAGUAAAAAAAAAAACCUGUCA